CCGCAGAACCCCAGCUGCCUUCUUUGCUCUGCUGUCAAAUUUGCUGUGCAAUCUGCCAGAAUAGAUCAGAAGGAGAUCUAUAUCAUCCUGUAGAGCACGAUAAUCCAAGUCUUGUUUCUGCAGGAUACUAGGUUUCAGUGUUGUUCCCACUUAGAAGUCCAGAGUUAUAAAUCCCUCUUGUUCACAUUUUUCUGACUUGCUCUGAAAUUUGCCUAAGGAAGCAGCAAAUAUUUUCCUUUGCACUGUGAAAGGAUUGCACAGCCAUCACUGUUUUCUAUUAGAAUUCUGUCCAAGAUGUGCAUUUUAAUGAGGCACCUGGUGCAAGGGGACACUUGCUUGUGAUUUCAGCUUUUUUUCCCCCUUUGUUCAAAGCAUUGCAACUAACAGUGAUAAAAGCAACUAUAAGUGCAGUAUCUUACCUGAACAUGGAAGUGGGGCAGUCACAGAUUCUUCACAGUCAUUUUCCCUGUGGCUCUUGGAUUUUCCUGAGCUGCAGAUGCUUUUAUUUUUCAGUUAGUUGCUAUCUUUUCUUCCAGUGUUUAUUUGUUUAAAUAUUUUUUGAACCUUUGCAAAUGUUUGGAAUAGUUGAAACAGAACAUUUUGCUGUUCCUUGUGUGAGAAAGUAUUGCCUAGUGCUUCGACAGUGUGAUUGGUCUCUCCCACUCCCUGCCCUUGCACAGCAGGAAGCAGUGGGUCAUCAUUCCUUGUUUCCACUGUGCUGCCUUUAAGCAUGUACCUCUCCCUCAGAUCCUCCUUGCAGCUCUCCCUUCCCAAAGGUGAGAACUGAAGCCUGUCUGCUGAGUGGCUGCACAUUCAAGAUGCUUUAUGCCUUUAGUCAUAACCUAAACUGGAGACCAGAUCCACACAGAGGGCUUGGUGUCAGGCUGCACCGUGGAUUCAGAGGAGCGCAGUAACAUUUCGCCUCUUUCCUAGCUGAUAUCAGCUGGUCAGUGAAUGGCAUGCCACAAGGGACAAUUAAACAGGCCCUGGGGUACAUUCCAAUCAUGGUGAAGUCCAAGUUGUGCAACCUCUAUAACCUUUCCCCACAAGAGCUCAUGCAGCACCAUGAGGAGGAAGAGGAAAUGGGAGGCUACUUUAUAAUAAACGGCUUAGAAAAAGUUAUUAGGAUGCUGAUUAUGCCCAGGCGAAAUUUCCCUCUUGCAAUGACAAGACACAAGUGGAAAAAUAGAGGCCCUGGUUUCACAGAGUACGGAGUAGUGAUGCACUGCAUUAAGGACGAGCACACUGCGAUAAAUAUGAACCUGCACUACUUAGAAAAUGGUUGUGUCAUGGUGAAUUUCAUUUUCCAGAAAGAGCUGUUCUUCCUUCCCUUGGGAUUUGCUCUGAAGGCAUUGGUUAAUUUCCCAGACUACCAGAUCUUUGAAGAGCUGGUCAAAGGAAAAGAAAGUGACACCUUUUAUGUGAACUGUGUUACUGAGAUGCUGAGAGCAGUGGUGGAUGCAGGCUGUUUUACACAGCAAAAUGUCCUCGAAUAUCUGGGAAAGAGCUUCAGAAUAAAACUUAACCUUCCUGAGUGGUACAGCAAUGAACAGGCUGCAGAUUUCAUUUUGAACAAGUGUAUCUGCAUACACCUGACAAACAGAACUGAAAAGUUCUACCUGCUCUGUAUGAUGACCCAGAAGCUGUAUGCUUUUGCCAAAGGGGAGUGCAUGGAGGAUAAUCCCGACAGUCUGAUGAAUCAGGAAGUGCUUACUCCAGGACAGCUGUUCCUUAUGUUCUUAAAGGAGAGGCUUGAAAGUUGGUUGCAAUCUGUGAAGUUUGUUUUGGAGAAAAGAAUGGAAAAGGCUGAUAUCAGUAUAAACACAGACAGCUUGGUGAAGGCAUUCAGCCUAGCAACAGACUUAACCAAGCCAUUUGAAUAUCUUCUUGCGACUGGAAACCUGCGAUCUAAAACUGGCCUGGGCAUGUUACAGGACAGUGGUCUCUGUGUGGUAGGAGACAAGCUGAAUUUUGUUCGCUACCUUUCCCACUUCCGCUGUAUACACAGAGGAGCAGCGUUUUCCCAAAUGAGAACUACAACUGUCCGCAAGCUGCUGCCCGAAUCCUGGGGGUUCCUGUGCCCUGUGGACACCCCAGAUGGAGAACCCUGCGGUCUCAUGAACCACAUGACAGCUUUGUGUGAAAUAGUGACAGAGAUGGUGCCUGUGACAGGCAUUCCACCUCUGUUAUGUUCCCUCGGUGUCACCCCCAUCGAUGCAACUCCAAGCAAGCCUUACAUGGAGUGUUACCGAGUUAUCCUGGAUGGCUCUAUGGUGGGCUGGGUGGAGCGGGAGCUGGCUCCUGAGAUUGCAGACACCCUCCGCCGUUUCAAGAUAACACAAGAGAAGAGAUUUCCCGCACGGGCAGAAGUGGUCCUUAUCCCAAUGACAGGAAAAGCCAGUCUGUAUCCUGGAUUGUUCAUUUUCACUACCCCUUGUCGCAUGGUGCGACCUGUCAGAAACCUGUUCUAUGGAAGGAAUGAAUGGAUUGGUACCCUGGAACAGGUCUUCAUGAAUGUGGCCUCACUGGAGUCGGAAGUGGUGCCUGGAACAACCACUCACCAGGAGCUCUUCCCUCACAGCAUUCUGAGUGUGGUGGCCAACCUCAUCCCCUUCUCCGACCACAACCAAAGUCCACGAAACAUGUAUCAGUGUCAGAUGGGAAAGCAAACCAUGGGCUUUCCAGUCUAUAACUACAAGGACCGCUCAGAUAACAAGCUGUACCACCUUCACACUCCCCAGAGCCCUCUGGUGCGGCCCAGCAUGUAUGACUAUUAUGGUAUGGACAGCUAUCCAGUCGGCACCAAUUCAAUUGUGGCUGUCAUCUCCUACAGUGGCUAUGACAUGGAAGAUGCAAUGAUUGUGAACAAAUCUUCUUGGCAGAGAGGGUUUGCCUAUGGAAGCGUAAUCAAGAUGGAGAGCAUUGACCUUUCCCUUAAAGCUAGCAGGGCAGGUGAUAAUUUAGUAUUUGGCGUCAGACCUGGUGAUCCAAACGUUAUGGAGAAACUGGAUGCCGACGGACUGCCUUUCGUUGGCUCUAUCCUACAGCCUGGGGACCCCUUCUACAGCUUCAUGAACCUCAGCACAGGGGAGACCUUCACUGUGUACUAUAAGAAUAAGGAAGUUGGCAUUGUAGACAACAUCAAGUUAUGCAGCAAUGACCGUGGCACUGGGAAGUUCAAGAAGGCAUGCAUCACUGUGAGGGUCCCCCGAAAUCCAACGGUCGGAGACAAAUUUGCCAGCCGUCACGGCCAGAAAGGUAUCCUGAGCCAGCUCUGGCCAGUUGAAGAUAUGCCAUUCACGGAGAACGGCAUGGUACCAGACAUCCUCUUCAACCCUCACGGCUUUCCCUCCCGUAUGACCAUCGGGAUGUUAAUUGAGAGCAUGGCAGGGAAGUCGGCGGCACUGCACGGCGUCUCCUACGAUGCUACUCCCUUCACCUUCACAGAGAAGAACUCCGCUCUGAAAUACUUCGGGGAGACGUUAGUGAGCGCAGGUUAUAACUACUUUGGGACGGAGAAGAUGUACAGUGGCAUCAGUGGCCUGGAGCUGGAGGCGGAGAUCUUUGUGGGAGUGGUGUACUACCAGCGCCUGCGCCACAUGGUCUCUGACAAGUUCCAGGUGAGGACAACAGGACCCCGAGAUGCUGUCACCAACCAGCCUGUCAAGGGGAGAAACGUGGAAGGUGGGAUUCGCUUCGGCGAGAUGGAGCGUGACGCCUUGCUGGCACAUGGCACGUCUUUUUUGCUGCAAGACCGCCUGUUCAACUGCUCCGAUGGCUCUGUAGCCUACGUCUGCAUGAGCUGCGGCAGCAUGACGUCUCCUGUCCUGGAGAAACCGCCACAUUCCUCCUCCGUGACAAGCAACAGGAGGUACUCCUGCUCAGUCUGCAGUGAGGUGGACACCAUUGAGAUCGUCCCUGUGCCCCAUGUCUUCCGCUACUUUGUGGCGGAGCUGGCAGCCAUGAACAUAAAAACAAAGCUCAAGGUGGAGUAGCUUUGUCCGCAGGCACGGCAAGGCUGCUGGGAGGAGAGAGGAAGUAUCUGUCUUCUGUCCCCGUGGAUUCCAAGCAUUCAGUCAGUUCUCAGGUUCUUCAAGCAUUUGCAAGAUUAAUUUGAUGUUUGUAUUGAUGGGGUGGUUGCCGAGCUGUACGGUGAGGAAACGUGGCUCUGUUGAAGUUUGUGUCCACUUCCUAAAGGAUCAGUAGCUAUCGAGGUAUGGUGUGGAAAUCAACCAAUGUCGCUGCUCCCGCCAGGCUGCUGGGUUGAGAGCGAUGAGGGUUCUUUAUUCUCCAAGUGCUGGCUGCAGCUGCAAAGAUGAAGAGGUCAUAAACCAGCAUGAAUUGAAUGCUGCAAAUGAUGAAAAAGAAAUUCUGGGUUUUUUUGAAGAAAAAUCCUUGCAAAAUGUAUGCCUUAAUGAUGGGUACAUCCUAAAGUGAUUGGACAUGUUUUGUUUUGCUUUAUUUCAAUACAUUUGCCUUGAAACUCAUGAAGAAGAAGAAGAAGGCACAGAGUUCUGCCACACGAAGCCGCAACCUUGACCGCAAGAGAACAAGGUGGCCAAGUCAGGCCCGUCCUGGGAGUGCUUGGUGUCGCUGAGCGCAGUCCCUGUCUCCGUGUGGCACCACGGUGGGAUAUUUCUUUAUGUGUUUCUCUGUGGAUGAAGAGGAAGCAAGCAGAGGAUUUUCCAGCCUGGAUCUGACCCUGGAUCUCAGCCCCUGUGCGGUGCUGUAAAGUGUGGACACUGUAGGAUGGGAGGUUGCUGUGUCCGCGUCAACGAGAACAAGCCCGGUCCCCUGCAGCAGCAGCCGCCCGGAUCCCAGAGGAUGCCAGCCCGUCCCACAGAUUGCUAUCCCCCAUCCCGGAGGAUUCCAGCCCCAUUUCCCACUCCCAGUUGCGGCCAGAGAAGCUGGGAGUACCCAUUCGGCAGCCUUACGCUUCUUG